AUGGUAGAGAGUUUCAAUUCUUGGAUCUUGGGACCUAGGAGUAAGACCAUUGUAACUAUGUUGGAAGAAAUUAGAGUUAAGGUGAUGAGUAGAGUGAGUAAGUCAAGAGCAUUUGCUGAAACAUGGACAGAUGGAAUAUCUCCAAUGGCAAUGAUGGUAUUCAAUACAAAUGUAACAAGAUCAAUGCAGUGCAACAUUGAAUGGAAUGGUGAUGUUGGAUUUGAAGUGUUAGAAGGGGUAUACAAGCAUACUGUGAACUUGGGUCAACAAAAAUGUAGUUGCAGAUCAUGGGAAUUAAAAGGUAUCCCAUGUGCACAUGGUAUAGCAGCAAUGAACCACUUGAACAUGGAUGCAUCACAAGCAAUAUCUAGUUGGUAUAGAAAAGACACAUAUAUGAAGACAUAUUCUCAUUUCAUUCAACCAGUCCCAAACAUGGAAAUGUGGCCUGAAAGUAGAAACCCAAUGGUUGAACCACCUGAGGCAAGACAAAUGCCUGGUAGGCCACCAAAGAACAGAAGAAGAGAAAUUGGUGAAGUGAGAAAAGCUGGAAAGUUGCCAAGAAUGGGGACAGUAAUGACAUGUUCACUUUGCAAAGGACCAAAUCAUAACAAGAGAAAUUGUCCAAAAAAUCCUAAACCUAAGUCUACACCAACACCCACUCAAGAGUCCACCACUGGAAAAAAGAGGGGUAGAGGUCAUUAUGAAAGAGCAAGCACCAGUAAGACUGGUACAAGAAGAGGUGCAGGAAGUGGUGAUAUUGGUUUUAAACCUACCAAGGGACUGAAGUGGAAAGGCAAACAGUCCAUGACUCAAAGAGAACUUCAAGUCGAAAGUGUUAUGCGUCGUAUUCAAACCAGAUCAAAAGCUUAUGGCAUUCAAACAAGGUCACAAGCCAAAGGAAAAUCACUCUCAAAGAAAACUUUUUAG